AUGCCUGUCGUGCCGAAACCGCAAGUCCACGUAGCGAUAUUAAGCCAUCCACAUAGACGAAAUAAGACUAGGGAUCACAACCGCCGCACUUCGGCCAUAGCAGAUGAAAACUCUCCCACAAACGGACAGGACAGGUUUCCAUUAUUACCUGACGUUUCGCUUGCCGAUAGUACUUCACCAACUAGAUUACCGCCUCCAGUCGCCUCGUCUGGGUUAGCGGAAGCCUUUUUUGCAUCUUAUCCGAACCUGGUUGCGCCGUCCAACCCAAGUCUCAACUCCUCCCAGGAAUUGCCAGAUGAAGAGUCGUCACCAUGCUCACCUUCAGCCUCAUCUUACUCUGCACGCGCAACCAUGCUCCAGCACGAUCAAAGCAAGCCUGAUCCGGGGAGGAACCCAAAUACCCCUCUUCUUGAUCUCGGAGAUCAUUCCACACUCUUUAAUGACUUUCCUGGAUUCACAGAUUACAACUUCCACAACUAUUUUGAUUUGAUGGACACCAAUCCUAUAGCCAACCCUCUAGUUGACUCGAGCUCUCUAGUCAACAUAUUACCCACUGAGCUAGACCCCUCGGUGGCCAUGGUGGAUAAUCAUUGCUCCUGUACACAUCCCUGUACUACCUUCACCGUUUCCUGGAUUGCUCUCUGCUGCAAGGCAUCACUCUGUGGCCCUACAUACCAUGAUGUUGUAAAUUCACAGGCCCUUUCAGUUCCUACGGAGGACGUCAUGCGCGAACUGAUCAACCUAUACUUUGUCUAUGUUCAUCCCAUUUUCCCUGUCAUAAGUGAAUGGAACACUUACAGUCUGUUAAAACCUUUGCUCUCUAAUGGCGGCGAAACGACUAGCCUAAUGAGUCUAGCCAUGGUCAACGCUAUUAUGUUUUCCGCUAGUGCGAAAAGAUCUCGUGAAAGCCGCCGGAUUCCCAAGCAUUGUAGUAAUGCGUAG